CUCUGGCAAGGCUCCGUUCGUGGAUUAAUGGCGUGCCACUCCGCAUAAAUGCUCCACAGUUUUCUCCGUUUUUAACAACAUCGGCGCCGCCAAACAAAGCAAACGGUUGAACAUGUGUAUAAAUAUACCCACCACAGUCGUUUACUAAGUGCAGUGAUUUCCAGGAGCCGUUCGUUAAGACUAGAAUCAUAACCAGCGGCUUGCAAAAUUGCCAAAAAUUGUGCCGCCGCCUGCCCGUUGUGAAAAGUAACUUCCCUUAGCUGGUGAGGAUGGCGGACAUCGUGUAUCCCACUGGCUGUAGACCGCUGGUCGAGGAUCUGGGCACGGAUGAGCUUAUAAGGCGCCUCAAGACCCUCGCUAAUGUGCUGCAGACCAUGGACCAGGACGACAAUCUCUAUCAGCAGUACAUCCCCUUGGCCCUCCAUCUGCUGGAUGACUUUUUCAUGCAGCACUCCUCCCGCGAUGUCCAACUCUUGAUCGCCUGCUGCGUGGCAGAUGUCCUGCGAGUUUAUGCGCCAGAGGCGCCCUACAAAGAGCAAGAUCAAAUCAAAACUAUAUUUAAGUUUUUCAUCAAGCAACUGCAUGGACUGAAGGAUCCAAGGGAUCCCUCCUUCAAACGGUACUUUUAUCUUCUGGAGAAUCUGGCCUUUGUCAAGUCUUUUAAUAUGUGUUUUGAACUGGAGGACUGCCAGGAGAUAUUCCAGGAGUUGUUCAGCACUAUCUUUAAAAUUGUCAAUGAACAGCACAGCGCAAAAGUUACUAACUUUUUUCUGGACGUGCUGAGUCCUUUAAUCACAGAAGCCGAUAAUCUUUCGGUGGAAUUGCUGGACCUUAUACUUAUUAACAUUGUGGAGCCGUACAAAUCGAACAACAAGUUUGCCUGCCAACUCACCGAACAACUUCUGACCAAAACAGGAGAUGCUUUGGAGUCCACCAUCAAAAUGUUCUUCAACCGUGCUUUGGUUAUGGAUAAGCCAAACACAAAACUGUCCAUUACAAACAAAAUCUACGAUAUCAUAUAUGAGCUUAAUCGCAUCAACCCGGACCUUUUGUGCUCUGUGCUGCCCCAACUGGAGAACAAGCUGCUGUCCACCGACGAUGCUGAAAGGCUGAAGGCAACAACUCUACUGGCCCGCAUGUUCUCCGAAAAGGACUCGCAGAUGUCGAAGAAGUACCAGAGCCUAUUGAAAAUCUUUUUCGGUCGCUUUUGCGACAUCACCGAGCCAGUUCGCAUCAAGUGCGUCCAGUCGUCCAUGCACUUUCUGCUCAAUCAUCCGAGUCUGCAAGCCGACAUCACCGAGAAGUUGCGGCUGAGAAACCACGAUCCGGACGAAGUUGUGCGCCACGAAGUGGUGAUGGCCAUUGUGGAGACUGCCAAGCGCGAUUUCACCAUGGUGCUCGAAGCGCCCGAACUUUUGGAGAUCGUUCGGGAACGAACGCUGGAUAAGAAGUACAAGAUUCGUAGAGACGCUAUGAACGGUCUGGCAUACAUCUACAAACGAGCGAUAUGCGAGCCCAACGAACUGAGUACCGGGCUCAAAGUAAGAGUGGACUGGAUCAAAAACAAGAUACUGCACGGAUACUACAAAGUGGGCUUAGAAGACCGCCUCCUUGUGGAACGCCUACUUAUCACCUGCCUUGUUCCCUACAAACUGGCUCCCGAGGAGCGUAUGAAGAAACUGUACCACCUGUUAGGCGAUUUGGAUGCCAACGCCACCAAGGCCUUCGUGGAGUUGCAGAAAAACCAAAUGAAAACCCGCAACACAGUCAGCGACUGGAUUAAGCUUCACCACUCAAAGGAAUUUACGCCGCGUGUUCUCAGCCAGCUGAGUGCCAAGCAGGCCAACAUUACCAAAUUGCUGCCGGAUCCCCUGAAAGCGGCAGAAUACCUCACCCAGUUCAGCAACAACCUGCGCAAGGAUGCUCAGCUUUUGCGCUGCAUCAACAUUGUGCUCAAGCGAGACGUUAGCUGCCGGGAGUGCGCCGACACCAUGGGGGUCUUGCUAAAAAAGCUGGGCGCCCACGUCCAUUCGAAUCUGUACUACAACACCGUCAAGAUGCUAAUCGAGCGCGUGGCAUCCGUGAUGGUGGACAAAGAAUCCAUUGGCGUGCUUAUUGGUCUCAUUGAGCAGUGCAUUGAAGGAAGCCCCAUGUGCGAGGAGAUUGGCAUCUCGCGUCAUGAAGCGGGCGAGCGCGGACUUAAGCUGUUAAGCAUGCUCUCCUACGUCUUUUCGGCUCACUUUUUCACCGACACGUCGCUGCGUCAUUUGAUUUCUCUGCUGGGCUACGAGCAGGAUUAUGUUGCUCCGCUAGUUCUGAAGAGCCUCACCCAUCUGGGACGCUAUCAGCCACUGAUCGAUGACCCCAAUCCGGGCAUUCUCGACGAGCUUGCUCCGGUGUGCAAGGACUUCGCUCUGAUCGGAACUCCCAAACAGGCGAAGCACGCGGUGCGUUGUAUUUUCGUGAACAGCCAGUCGUCGGCGGCCACCGAUGGAGCAGCUGGCGGGGCCGGAAGCGCUUCCACCACUACGCAGACAGUGCAUCCCAUAUUCAACGAAAUCAUCGAGACACUCCGUCUGAAAAUGACGCCCAACUGCGAGCACCAGCGCACCAAAAUCGUGACCUUGGGACAUAUCGCCUACAACAUGCCGCAGGCCUUUCUCACGCCCAUUAAGAACAUGAUUGCGCGUCGCAUAGUCAAGGAGCUACUCAUCCAGGAGGUUCCAGCGCAGCGGGACUGCGAUCUUCCCGAGGAGAGCGAGUGGUGUGCCCAGGAGGAUCUGCCGCUGGAUACGCUGUGCAAGCUGGAUGCCCUUAAAGCUAUGGCCCGCUGGCUUUUGGGUCUCCGCACCGAUGAGCACGCCGCCCAGAAGACAUUCCGCAUGCUGGCCGCGUUCGUUAACCAGCGGGGCGAUCUCCUCGGUCAGAACCGCCUGUGCGGGGCCGAGAAAUCCUGGCUGCGACUGGGCGCUGCAUGCGCCAUGCUCAAGGUGUGCGAACAAAAAGGCGUUGGCGAUCAAUACAGUGCCGAGCAGUACUUGCAACUCUCCCAGCUGAUGGUUGAUCCGGUGCCCGAGGUACGAGAAAUCUUUGCUCGAAAACUACACAAGGGAUUGAGCAGAAGCCUGCCCAGAAAUUGCCUGCCCCUGGACUUCAUGGGAUUCUAUGUGCUGGCUGGUCUAGAAUCUGACAGAAAAUUACAAGACCUGGUGCGUCACUAUGCAGAGUCGGAUGUAAACAGACGUCGGGAAUAUCUUAAGACUGUGGCUAUGACAUCUCCCGACAGCUCAACGGAGUCACAAUCGGUGCACCUUCUACCUGACUAUAUGCUGGCCUUUGCGAUUCCCGUGCUGGUCCACGAUCCUCGCUUCACGAACCACGAGGACUACGUCCAGCUGCGCAAAAUGGAGAAGUGCUUGCGUUUCGUACUGGAGCCGUUGAUGGCCAAACGGGAAUCGUUUGUCCACAGCUUCUACAAGCAACUGUUGCAGCUGAUAAAGCACCGAGAGUUCAGUCAGGGCUCGGACAAGCGCGAUAACUAUAAAAUGUGGGCGCUCUGCGAUCUCGCCAUGUACAUUAUCGACUCCAAAUUCAGUCCAUUUGAUGCCAACACGAGUACAUUUUCCAUGCCGCUGGCCCUGCCAGAAAUGUAUUACAAACAGCCCGCCGUUGCGAAUUUCCAAAACAACGAGGUCUAUAUACCGCUGGACGUGUAUACGCUGGGAGUCAAGUCCACGAGCAAAGCAGCCACAACGGCAAUGACGACGUCCCGAGCGGCAGCACCUUCAAAGAGACCGGCGGAACCGUCGAUCCUGGAUGAUGAGAAUCCGCAGGAGAAUAAUUUGUUUGACAACAUCAGAGCGGCUGACACCACAGAGCCCAUGGCCAAAAGAACGCGCGCGGGAGCCGCCUCAGCCAAAUCGUAAGAUACGGAGGCGCAGUAAGAAGCUGGGUCGAGCGCAUACUUGUUAGUUUAGUUACGAUUAGACUAGGCGCCUAAGUUAACUAAAUAUUUAAGACGUAGGAGGAACUACGAUAGUUGUUAAACCGUCACUACCUAAUACCUACACCAAGCCGAUCACACAUCAACACCCGGAGUUUCAGUUAUUCAUUAUUGCAUACCGAUCUGUAAAAUAUUCAAUUGUGAGACAGACCAAAAAACAAAAAUCGGACAGUGUCGUCAAAUUUGUUACCCACAUUUCUGUGAAAGUAAUUAUUUAUCAUUUUUAACGUGUUAAACAUCUUUUAAUUUGUCAGAUGCAUUGAUUACCUUUAGUUGUAGACCUCAUUGUGUAUCGAAUAAUUAAAGGAUCGCGGAUUAGUUGAAAUACGGAGUAAAGAAAUGAAAACGUAAACAGAGCCUUAUUAAGAAAUUAAACUUAACUUUUCUAUGAUCGCAGUUAAAUUUUAGUUAAUAUAAAAUACAUCAUUCAUAAUAAUCGACAAGAAUGCAUUGUAAAUGUAUUGAAACAGAAAACUACAAAUGUUGUAAGAAUUGGAUUAAAAAGAUAACAAAGAUACAAGAAAAUUAAACACAUUUAACUUUAAAAACUGUAUAUUUAACUAUUAUUACUGUUUUUCAACUACAAAUAAACAUAUGAUUAUUAUUUAAAUGUC